UUAGAAAGCAUAUUUUGCUGACUUUUCCUCAAAACUUUCUGUUCAUUGUUACUCUUCCCAAAAGAACAAAGAUCUCCACAGCUAACACCAAACAUCAUAUACCAUAUUUGUUUUUGUGGGUAUUCUGUAAUUAUUUUCAAGCUCCUAGGCACAUUUGCCUACACUACUUUUGUUUCUGCAAUGACAAAUUUCUAAAAUGUUAGCAGCAAUGACUGUAAAAAAGGGUAGUUAAUUGGAAAAGAGUUCAGAUCCUAACUCUGUUCAGGGACCAUGUAACCCAGGCAAGCCGCUGCACCUCCCUGGGUCUCAUCCUGGAAGUAGAGAUGUUGGGCAGACACAUGGGGAGGGAUUGCGUGUAUGAGUGUAACAGGCUGGAUGGGAUGCUCGAGUGAGGUGGGGACCCUGCAGCAAUGCAGAGGACAUGCUCGGUCUAAGGAAGGCAGCUGCAAUCUCACUGCUACUCAGAAAUGUAGGCUUACAGUUGGCCACUCUUCUCAUGUCUCAAAAGAAACUGGGUUUUUAUGGGAAUUUCCUUUUCCUCAAUUUGGCAAUAAUUCAAACUAAAAUCUCUUUUUUUUUCUUUUUUUUUUUUUUUUUGAGACGGAGUCUCACUCUGUUGCCCAGACUGGAGUGCAAUGGUGCGAUCUCGGCUCACUGCCACCUCCGUCUUCCGGAUUCAAGCAAUUCUCCUGCCUCAGCCUCCCAAGUAACUGGGAUUACAGGCACCCACCACCACGCCUGGCUAAUUUUUGUAUUUUUAGUAGAGACAGGAUUUCGCCAUGUUGGCCAGGCUGGUCUUGAACUCCUGACCUCAGGCGAUCCACCUGCCUCGGCCUCCCAAAGUGCUGGGAUUACAGGCAUGAGCCACCACACCUGGCCAACAGAUCUCUUCUUCAAAACAGUUCUUCCAGCCAGACUGGGUUUGUGGGACAGCAGUGUGUAA